AGCAAGCAGUGCAGUGUGUAAAUAGAAGCUACCACUGUGUAGAGGAUCACACAUCUCCUUAGGCUGGACUCAUUACAGGUGGUCACUGCAAACAUGUUGGUCCAUGGCUUAGGACUGACUCUCUACGUGGUCUACACAAUGUUAUACACCUUGAUACACGGCUCAAGCUUCACUAUGGCUACCUCUGAAUCUCAACAACAGGCCUAUGCCUCUAUAAUGAAGGGUAUAACGGAGUUGAAUUUUGAGGGUUCCUCUAUUCCCGGAGUGUUUGUUUUAAGCAGGGAACAUGCAUUUCCACUGGUGAUAAACAACGAAGGCAAAGUCCAGGCGGCUGCUUCAUUGUACGGCACGGGACGCUUGGUCACAUUGUGUCAUGAAACGUACCUGACUACUUUACCUGAUAUGGUGGAAAAUGCACUGAACUGGUUGAGGGGAGAAUCAGAUAAUAUGACCGUAGGGGUACAUCAGAGUGUCAGGGAAGUAGCUGACAAUAACUUCAAGACAAACUUUCAAAUCAAAGUUAUGCAGAAGUUUAGUAGUGACCAAGGAAUAAGAGUGUAUGUAACAGAUGCCUUUAGUGUGGACGGAAGUGAAAAAGAAAUAAUAGCUUUUAUGAAGGCAGGAGGAGGGGUGCUUAUAGCGGCACAGGCCUGGCACUGGUCCUAUCAGCACCCAAAUGACAACCUUCUACUGGAGUACUGGGGCAACAAAGUGUCAUCAGUGGCUGGUGUGUACUUCAUGGAGGAUUAUGGAGAAAGAGCGCGAAUCAGCAUCGGACCACAAAUCCCAUCCUGGAGGACUGUUGAAGUCAGCAACAGUUUUACGAAGGACCGAGAGAUUCUGCUUAACGGCGUGACUGAAUUGAGUUUCGAUGAGUCUUCUCUGGGCUCUGAAAUCCUGGUGCACGGCCUUCUGGCAUUCCCCAUUGCCUGGAACAACGAUGGAAAAAUAUUUCUGGCUGGAGGCUACUAUGGCAAAGGCAGAAUCAUUGCAGCUGCACACGAGAACCUAGUGGGGACAAAUGAAAAGUUUUGGGAUAACGCUCUUCACUGGUUGGAUCAAGGUCGACAGGGGGUUGUUGGUGCUGAUCCAUAUCACGCACUUACUGCCCUCCAAAAGUCUGGAUUGAAUGUUGAGGAAACAGAAUUUAAACCUGGUCUCAGUGUGUAUGUGUGCACAACUUGGAAGGAUACCUACAUCAGGGAGAUGUUGGAGUUUGUGGCUGAGGGAGGAGGUCUGGUGCUUGGAGGACAAGCCUGGACCUUCAUUCAACGAAGCGAUCUAAACUAUCUGACAGAGUGCCCCGGAAACAAAAUACUUAACCCAAUGGGGCUAAUUCAGUUGUCAACAAAAGUUAGAGGAGGUGUCUUCAAAGUUCCAGACCCCAGCACAGCUGUGAAACAUCAUCACUUCAGUCACCUCUUGAACCUUUUUGUUAGUUUUAUGAUGGAGGACAAAGCUCUGACUCCAGAAGAAGUGAAGACAAUGGAAACCCAGAUACACCACAUUACCUCCUACCUGCAGACCCAUAAUCACCAGAGUUAUUUUUAUCAGCAGACAGUGAUGAAACUUGUGGACAUAGUGAAAAAGGCAGGGUUUCCUCAGCUGACUGGUGUUCCAGCAACCAGUGUCAGGGACAAGCUCCUCCUGAGCCUUGUAGCAGAGGUGUACAAGGUCUGCCCUGAUCCAGAUGACCUAAUACAAAGUCUCUUCAAGAAUCCCCCACAGCUGCAAACGGUUCAGAACCAACGGGUCAGAGUGAAUGUGGACACUGGGGAUGGAGAGGAGUGGCUCAGCACCGGGCUUUACCUUCCUCCUGGGAUUAAGAGCAACAUAACCCUCCCAACAGAGAUGGUCAAUAAGGGAUGGAAGGUGCAGAUCAGCUGUCAAACAGACACACUUGACCCAAAGGAGGACUUGUACAGAGCUCCAGUUGUUUCAGAGAGGUUCCUGGUCCUUUCUCAGGCGAUGCAGGUGCACAACUUUUGGGGCGGGCUCAUUUACCUGAUAGCACCUUCCAACACUAAGCUGACAGGAGUGGAUGUCAUAAUUCACGAGGCAGUCCUUGCUCCUUAUUAUAAAUCUGGAGAGACAUCACUGUCGGACUGGCUUCAGCUCCGUAACUCAUCCUCUCCCUGGGCUGAGCUGGAAUUUGAGAACAUCAUUCUAACAGUGCCCUCGGACGUUGUGAGGAGCAUGGACCGUCCUGAUGAGAUUGCCUCUCUCUGGGACAGGAUCAUGAGGGCCAUCGCUGAUCUGGCUGUGAUUCCACCCAAGUUUAAAAGAAAGGAACGCUUUGUCUGUGAUGUUCAGAUUUCAGCUGGUUUAUUGCAUGCUGGUUACCCUGUUAUGGCACACACACCUAAAGCUGCAGUUGUGACAAGCCUUUCAGAGAUUAAGAAAGAAGGACUGUGGGGUCCCAUCCAUGAACUGGGGCAUAACCAGCAGAGAUGGCAAUGGGAGUUUCGCCCUCACACCACAGAGGCCACAUGUAACCUGUGGUCUGUGUACGUACAAGAGACUGUGCUUGGCAUAUCCAAGGACAUGUACCAGGCGGCUGAAUUAACCCAGGAAUAUCGAAAUGGCAUUAUAGUAAAGUAUGUGAAUGAUGGCAGAAAACUGGAUAACUGGAACACAUGGGUGGCACUGGAGACUUAUUUACAGCUUCAGGAGAAGUUUGGCUGGGAACCGUUUAAGAAAGUUUUUGCUGCCUACCACACCAUGGAUGAGGCGACGAUCCCCAGUGACAACACAGGCAAGAUGAACCUGUACACAGUGACCUUCUCUCAAGUGGUGGGGAUGGACUUGACUGGGUUCCUCAAGUCCUGGGGUUGGCCUAUAGAGGGCGACACUGAGCAGAAACUUUCCAAACUGCCAGCUUGGACAGACCACCCUAUGGUCAAAUAUAACAAAUAAAGAACACAUUAUUCACUUCACACUUAAAGGUCAGACAGGAUAUUUCAGACUUUUACAUUUGACAUAUUUGUGGUGAUGUUGCCUGUUUAAUAACUUUGGAGAGUACUAGUGUUUUGAUAGGAAAGUUUUAGCAUACGCCAACUCUGCUAUAAUUUUCCAUUUUCAGUGGUCAGCAGGUUUUUUGAUGGGUGGCAUGAGUAUCUUUGAGGUCUUGACUGCACUUUAUGUCUCGAUUUGUUGGAUUUCAGAUUAUCACAACAUGGCCAACAAUAUUUAAUACAAUUAAUUGGGGGCAGCAAAUUAAUAUUGUUAAAAUGCAAGCAAUGCAGUAAAUAUUAAAACCCCUUAUAGAACAGUAUUUCUCAAAAUGUGGUACCUGUAUCUGUGGUAAUUGUACAGCUCUGAUCUGGAAUUAUUCUAGUCCUAAUUGGAAAAAUGUUUUCGUGGAUGUUACUUGGUGUUAAAGGUUUGAGAGCCACUAGACUUUAUCACCACAUCUUUUAGCAAAACUACACUAACUAUUACCAUAACAAUAAAAUAUCUUACUAAGUUUUAAGGUGUAAAGGUGUUGGACAUAAUUCUAAUGUAACAGAAAAAUUCAACAAGCACAUUUGAGUGUCUUCUGUUUAAUUUUACAUGUCAGUGCUUUUUAUUUGUUUAUUACGUAUCUAGUUUGUAUCAUAUAUAUGUAGUCAUCAUAUUAGGUAGGGGGGUUAUCAUAUAGAGAUUGAUGAAAGCAGUAUAUCUCUGUAUCUGUCAUCAAACCAAUAAAAAUCUUGAUGAGCUG